AUGGAGAUAUCCACGUUCAUCAUUGAACUGUGUCUUUUAUGGGGUCAAGUUCUACCUACAGCGAAGGCUUUGUACAGUCUGGGAUUCCCCCUGCCUGGUGGUGUCUGGCAUCUGGAAGGUGCUCGGUUUGGCUUGAGGCUGGUGAAUGGACGUGACCAGUGUCAGGGCAGGUUGGAGGUCCUGUACUGAGGCUCCUGGGGCACUGUGUGUGAUGAUGACGGGGACACCCACGAUGCCAACAUGGGCUGCAAGCAGCUUGGCUGUGGCUGGACCAUUUCAGCCCCAGAAAAUGCCUGGUUUGGUCAGGGCUCAGGACUCACUGUCCUGGAUGAUGUGAGCUGCACAGGCCACGAGUCCUACCUGUGGAGCUGUCCCCACAACAGCUGGCUCUCCCGUGACUGUGGCCAUGAGGAAGAUGCCAGCGUCAUCUGCUCAGGUGGGACUAAAAGAAAUCGCUCACAUUACUUGCCACUGAAGCUAGUGGAUGGAGGGAGCUGGUGUCAGGGCCGCACAGAGGUCCCGUACCAAGGCUAAUGGGGCACCGUGUGUGACGACAGCUGGGACAUCCAGGAUGCAGGCGUCAUCUUUCGGCAGCUCUACUGUGGCCACGCAGUGUUGGCCCUGGGCUGGGCCCACUUUGGUGAAGGCUCAGGGAAUAUUCUCUUGGGUGAUGUGUACUGCUCAGGAUGGGAGCCCUCCCUGUUGAGCUGCCCCCACAACAGGUGGUACCACAACGAAUGUGGCCACAAGGAAGACACUGGAGUCUUGUGCUCAGGGACAGAAUCUGGUUUGGCUCUGAGACUGGAGAAUGGAGAUGACAGGUGUCAGGGCCGCGUGGAGGUCCUGCACCGAGACUCCUGAGGCACCGUGUGUGAUGACGGCUGGGACACCAAUGAUGCCAAUGCGGUCUGCAGGCAGCUUGGUUGUGGCUGGGCUGUAUCAGCUCCAACUAAUGCCUGGUUCGGUCAGGGCUCAGGACAGACGGUCCUGGACGAUGUGAGCUGCUCAGGACACGAGUCCUAGCUAUAGAGCUGCCACCACAGCGGUUGGCUCCUCCCUAUGUGUAGACACAGUGAGGAUGCUGGUGUCAUCUGCUCAGCUGUGACAAACUCCUCCACACCCUGGCCAGGGACAGAAUCUGAUUUGGGCCUGAGACUGGUGAAUGGAGAGAACCGGUGUCAGGGCCGUGUGGAGGUCCUGUACCGCGGUUCCUGGGGCACCGUGUGUGAUGACGGCUGGGACACCAAUGAUGCCAACGUGGUCUGCAGGCAGCUUGGCUGUGGCUGGGCUGUAUCAGCUCCAACAAAUGCCCGGUUCGGUCAGGGCUCAGGGCAGAUCGUCCUGGACGACGUGAGCUGCUCAGGACAGGAGUCCUACCUAUGGAGCUGUCGCCACAGAGGUUGGCUCUCUGGCUGUGACGAACUCGUCCACACCCUGGCCAGCUUCAACAGUGAGCACGGCUUUACCCCCAUUGGAGAUAGCUGUGACGAACUGGUCCACACCCUGGCCAGUCAGGGCUCAGGACAGAUCGUCCUGGACGACGUGAGCUGCUCAGGACAGGAGUCCUACCUAUGGAGCUGUCGCCACAGAGGUUGGCUCUCUCAUAACUGUGGACACCAUGAGGACGCUGGUGUCAUCUGCUCAGGGACAGAAUCUGAUUUGGCCCUGAGACUGGUGAAUGGAGGGGACCGGUGUCAGGGCCGUGUGGAGGUCCUGUACCGCGGUUCCUGGGGCACCGUGUGUGAUGACAGCUGGGACACCAAUGAUGCCAACGUGGUCUGCAGGCAGCUUGGCUGUGGCUGGGCUGUAUCAGCUCCAACAAAUGCCCGGUUCGGUCAGGGCUCAGGACAGAUUGUCCUGGACAAUGUGAGCUGCUCAGGACAUGAGUCCUACCUAUGGAGCUGCCGCCACAGCGGUUUGCUCUCUCAUAACUGUGGACACCAUGAGGAUGCUGGUGUCAUCUGCUCAGGACCCUCUUCAAAUUGUGGUGGCCUCUUACUCAAUGCCAGUGGGACAUUUAACAGCCCAUCCUACCCUGGAUUCUACCCCAACAAUGCUAAUUGUGUCUGGGAAAUAGCACUGAAUUACAGUUUUCGCAUAAACCUGGGCUUCACUCACCUUCAGUUGGAGAUGCACAAUAGUUGUAAUUAUGAUUAUGUAGAAAUCUUUGAUGGACCUCUGAAUAGCAGUAAUUUGCUGGGAAAGAUUUGUAAUGACACCAGGCAAAUAUUCACAUCUUCUUCAAACCAAAUGACUGUUCGAUUUCGAAGUGACAUCAGUUUCCAAAACACCGGCUUUUCUGCUUGGUAUAACUCCUUUCCAAGUGAUGUUGGACUGAGAUUGGUCAAUUCAAACACCUCCCACAGAUGUGCUGGGCGGGUGGAAGUUUACCACAGUGGAACAUGGGGGACAGUUUGUGAUGAUUCCUGGGAUUUACGGGAUGCUGAGGUGGUCUGCAGACAGCUGGAGUGUGGAUAUGCAGUGUCAGCCCUGGGAAGUGCCUAUUUUGGCACUGGCUCUGGGCCCAUCACCCUGGACAACGUGGAGUGCUCUGGGACAGAAUCUAUGCUCUGGCAGUGCCGGAACACAGGCUGGUUCUUCCAUAAUUGUAACCACCAUGAAGAUGCUGCUGUCAUAUGCUCAGGGAGAUACACAACCACACCUUCACCUUUGUCAACAGUUCACAUCACCAACCCAACCAUAGGUUAUUCCUGCGGAGGCUUCCUUUCCCAACCGUCAGGGCAGUUUUCUAGCCCAUUGUAUCCUGGGAACUAUCCAAACAAUGCCAGGUGUACCUGGGACAUUGAAGUCCACAACAACUACCGCGUGACUGUCGUCUUCAGAGACGUCCAGCUGGAAAAUGGCUGCAACUAUGAUUACAUUGAAGUCUUUGACGGCCCCUACCACAGCUCCCCUCUCAUUGCUCGGAUUUGUAACGGCAUGAGUGGCUCCUUCACUUCGUCGUCGAACUUCAUGGCUGUCCGCUUCAUCAGUGAUGGCAGUAUCACGAGGAAAGGCUUCCACGCCGAGUACUACUCAAGUCCUUCUAACGACAGCACCAAGCUGCUGUGUCUGCAGAAUCACAUGCAAGCCGUGGUGAGCAGGCGCUACCUCCAAUCCCUGGGUUAUGUGGCUCGGGAUCUCAUCAUCCCCGGCUGGUCCGGGAGUUACCAGUGUCAGAGCCAGAUAACGCCAAGCGAAGUGAUAUUCACAAUCCCCUAUUUGGGCUGUGGCACCGUCAAACAGGUAGACAAUGAUACCAUCACCUAUUCCAACUUCCUCAAAGCAGCUGUUUCAAGUGGCAUCAUCAAAAGGAAGAAGGACUUGAACAUUCACAUCAGCUGCAGGAUGCUGCAGGACACCUGGGUUGACACGAUGUACAUUGCUAAUGACACCAUCGAGUUCAAGGAAAUCCAGUAUGGCAACUUCGAUGUGAACAUCUCCUUUUAUACAUCCUCUUCAUUCUCCUAUCCUGUCACCAGCUCCCCGUACUAUGUGGACUUGAACCAGGAAUUGUACCUUCAGGCUGAACUCCGUCAUCCCGAUGCCUCCCUGGCCUUGUUCGUGGACACUUGUGUGACAUCACCAUAUUACAGUGACUUUACAUCUCUGACUUAUGACCUAAUCCGGAGCGGGUGCGUGAAAGACGAAACCUACCGAUCCUACUCCCAGCCGUCGCCACGCAUCGUCCGCUUCAAAUUCAACUCCUACCACUUCCUGAACCGCUUCCCAUCUGUGUACCUGAAGUGUAAGAUGGUGGUGUGCAGGGCCUACGACUACUCCUCACGGUGCUACAGAGGCUGUGUGGUGAGGUCCAAGCGGGACCUGGGCUCCUACCAGGAGAAGGUGGAUGUCAUCCUGGGCCCCGUUCAGCUGCAGGCCCCAGAGAAGCGGAGCCUGGACCUGUUGGUGGCUGGUGGGGAGGAGCAGGCUGGCUCCCAGGGAUGCUUUGCCAGCGCGGCUGUCCCCGCGGCGGUCUUCUUGGUCCCGGUCCUGGCCAUGGGGGCCUUCGUGCGGGGGAGGAGGACACGCACCGCCCAUGGCCGACCUCUGAGCUGUACAUCGUGA